GGCCAGUUGUGGUCCGACAACGCACUGAAUAUCAAGCGCCAGGCCAGCUGCCCACAUCACAUCAAAAACAAUGGCGAGCCGCCGCCUGCCGCUGUUUCCCAUCGAGCCUGAGCCGCCAGCAACGCCCACACAGCGGCUCACGCUCUUGGCAACCCGCCUGCUACGUGCAUUGCAAUUAAACUGGAGGAUUAUCGUAUCAGGCAUCACCCUGACGCUCUUGGCCGUCAUCUGGUAUUAUCCCACGUUCUUCUUGUUCUUUGCAUUCGUCGUCUACUCCCUCGUUUUGGUAUUUUCGGCUGUUGCCGGCACCGUCUACAUACAUUAUAUAUUCACCACCAACGAACCGGCCAGACCCAGUCGAUUGCCCUCCAAACAUCUCUACAAUGCCACAAAAAGCACCAUCUUCGAUCUGCCAAAUCCCAUCAAGAAUCCAUCGAAUUUACCUUUGAUCUUUGGCAAAACAGUCGAUCUGCAGCUCCAGCAGAUAAUUGAAUAUGUUCUGCGCGACUUCAUGCUGCCCUGGCUGGGCUAUGUGGUCACGAAGCCGAAGCUAAUCAACGAUGUGGUGCGUGAGGAUCUGUGGAAUGCCAUACAGAAGAUCCAUGAGCGUGCCAGCAAAAUGGAUCCCGCCAAGAUCAUUGCCGUAGACAUGGUGAAUCGCGUGACCGUGCACCUGGAAAAGAUCCGCAUUGCCGAGGCCCGAGCGGCCGAGACGAAUACGGCGCCAGUAUUCAGCAAAAACUCCUACCUGUCCGACGAGGUCAAGGAGAUGGAGUUUCUGCGCAAGCUGUGCGAAAUUAUGGUGAUCUUGCUGCUGCCACGCGGCUACUCCCUCCCACCGCUCAAGAUGCUGCUCAGCGAAAUUUUAUCCUACAAGAUCUUCUUUCCCAUGAUCAACAUGCUCACCGCACCCGACUACAUAAACCAAAAGGUGGUGCAGAACAUCGAAACGCGCCUGGCGGCGGCGGCGAUGAACAAGCGGAGCUAUGAGUAUGCGGCUAGCUUUGAGGACUUCCUCAAGAUUAUCAACAACUCGGGAAACCUGGAGGAUCUCUCGCUCAUCCGCAAGAGUAUAGUGAACGACCUGAUGCAUGCCACAACCAUGCAGAACUUACAACGUGCCAAAGGUCUCGAUCCGGACCAUGAGGACCACUCCCUAUCCAAGUCUGAGCUGACGGCGGCUGUGCGGCUCAAGCGCUAUGUCCGCCAGCUGACCUUGGCUAAGGCCGAGUGCGAGAAGAAUCUGGCGAAAUUCGGCUGGAACGGCAACUACUCUAGCGACAUAGAUCUGACGCUAGAGGAAAUAUUAAACACGGCCGUGGGCCGACGGUACUUCACACUGUUCCUAGAGCCGCUAAAGGCUAGUGCCCUGGUCGGAUUCUACCUCGCCGUGGAGGAGAUCAAGCACGCGCACAAGAGUUCCAUCCACCAACUGGGCACGGAGGUAUUCUACACGUAUAUCCGCGUGCCCAAGUCGGAGAUCCAAACCGACAAGCACGAGCGCAAGCUGAUCGAGACCUUUCUGUUGGGGGAUGCCGAUCCGGAUAUCUUCUACGACAUCCAGCGCAACAUCUUGCGCACUCUCGAGGAAAAGUACUAUCCGCCAUUUGUGCUCAGCAGUCAGUACCGGCAGCUGAAGGAGGCGCUGGAAUCAAACGAAUUCACCGAUCCCACGUUGAUGCUGUUCCCCGCCAUCGGCAGUGUAUCCGAGGCGCACGAUGAGCACCCCAGAGUCGCAGAUGGCCUCAAUGGCAGGGCCAUCGAUGUCGCCGCCCACACGUCGUAUGCACGGCGCAAGCUGGAGCAGAUACAGGAGCGCAUUGACAAGAAAAAUCAGGCCCUUGACGCCCUCAAGUACUCGGUCAAGCCGGAGUCCAAGGUCCUAUCCAUACUCGAGAAGGAGAUGGAGUGGCUGAAGAGCGAGAAGCGUCAAACGGAGGCACAUCUCCGCCGAACAGACGCUUGGACCGAGCAUCUAGGCAAGUGGAAGGCCACCAUACAAAGUGUGGAGAUCUCCGAUGAAAAAGAGUCGCUGCAGUUCAUGAUACUUGUCCAUGUGGACGAGGACAUCAACGCUCCCCCGCAGGCGUUGCCAAAGAAUGGGGACAGCAGCAGCGCCAGCCCCCAAAAACGGCCCUCGGGCAUAUCCAGCGGCUGGGUGGUCAUGCGAUCCCUCAACCAAGUCCAUGAGCUGCAACGAAAACUUCGACACGUGAGCUCGAAUCUGAAGACGCUCGACUUACCCACCAACUUCAAGUUCUUCUUCCUAAAAACGGACCGGCAUGGCCAGGAAAAGGCCAAGGGACAAAUCCAAAAGUUUCUUAAUUUCAUUCUCGAGGACGAUCAUUUAAAUGGCAGUGAGGCUAUUUACACGUUCCUUAGUCCCAGCUCAGACCACCUGAAGCAGUCGCUGCCCUCGCCCAAAAAGUCAAAGUUCUCGCUCUCCACGCUGUUUAAGAGCGACGCUGCAAAGUCUCACGAGUCAAGCAAGGCGACAGAUCCGUUCUGGGGCUUGCAGCGCGACGACGAGGACAUCUCCACGUACCUGGACGGAGAGUCCGGCAUUGAUGCCAGUCGACUGAUGGCCGACAUAGACAGCAAGGACUCCAUAGCAGAGCCCAUGUACGCUCUUAUGGGCGAGAUAUUCGACAUGGGCGGCGUUUUCAAAUGGCUGCGCAAGAGCAUCAUCUCCUUCGUGCAGAUCACGUACGGUCGGACGAUUAAUCGACAGAUCCGCGAAUCGGUCACUUAUCUCUUUGAGGAGUCCAUGCUGCACAACUAUUUCUCAGCCGUACUGAAAUCUUUCUGGCCAGGCAGUGUCCUUGCCUCCGCAUAUCCUGCGCGCUCCGACGACAUGCGCGAGAUGACCAGCACAGCGGCGAAGGCUCUGCUCACCGACCAUAUACCCGAGGUGCUCUGCAAUCUGGUGGGGGCCCAGGCGGCCAAGCGAGGCGUCCUCAAGGUCUUCGAGGCGCUCCAGAACCCCGCUUACAACAAGCAGCUCUUCUACGAACUACUGGAGAUACUCAUGAUUGAGUUCUUCCCCGAAAUCCGGCAGCUUCGAGUGAGCAAUACUACAAGCAAUGGUUCCAAACUGAACACAGCUACCGCAGGGGCUGCAGCUGUAUCGGCUGCAGCAGCUUUAGCAGCCGCCACAGCAGGCGCCUCCCUGCCCCUGAACCAUGGCAGUGGAAGUGGCAGCGGUCCGACCACCGCCUCUCAAAACCAUCAUCAGCAAACGUCGUCAUCAUCGACAUCGUUGUCGUUGUCCUCGUCGUCUGCUUCAAGCAGCAGUCAAGCACAGUCCCAUUAUCAUCAUGGGUCCCAUCAUCACCAGCAUCACCAGCAGCAGGGGCAUUCGGCAAACUCAGGCAGCUCCAAGUAGACGCAUACUCGUAAUGUAAUUUAAAUUCAAAUUUUUUUUUACUUUUAUUUAUUUUUGUUUUGUUUUGGGUUUUAUGUUACCACUCUACCCUUGAGUAGCGUCGGAUUAUUUGGCCGCCCGCCUUUCUUUUAUUUAUUAAUUUAUUAAGUGUUAGGAUUUUCAUGAUAUUAUGUUAAUGCUCUCUAUCUUUCUAUUUGAUGGAAUGGAUGCAGGCGGAGUAGCUGAAUGGGGUAGUUAUACGAAAAACGAGUAUUUUGUACCCCAGUAUCACCAUCUUAUUUUCAGUCCCCCCAAUUCCAUUGAUUUUCAUUUGUCGCUAUAUAUUGUUGAAAGCAUCAUUUGUUUCGUUAUGUGUAUAGCAUGUCUGUCUGUACAUAUGUAUGUACAUACCAUUUAUGUAGGUCAGUAUUAAGCGUUGUACCAAAUCGUUGUUUAUAGUUAAAUGGGACGCACUCAGCAUGAUCGAUUGAUUAUAAAUACUACAUAUGUGUAAGGUACGUUCGCGAACUAUAAGACAGUUGUCGGCUAGCAAAUUGAAAUGACUUGUGUUGAAUUAACUGACCAACUACCAUCUAAUAACUUAUUCUCCUUAUGAUGAUGCAUCUUAUUGAUGAUUAAUCUGGCUUUAAAUCUAUUGAUUAACCUGUAGUGGUAUUUGGUAUUCGAUAUUCGAUAUUCAAGCUUACGAUAGAACACUAACUGUAUACACUGUCUUUUAGAUCCGACCACGUACUGUAGUCAUUACCAUCUAACCCAAGUGAGAUAGAUAGAAGCGUAUCCCACACUUCAGUCCACCUCCAUUCAUGCUCUUUCUGCGUACAGACACGCGUAUGCGUGGGUACAAGAAUGCGUCUAUUUAUGUAUUAUGUAUUGUAGUUGAACAGUUUUAUGUGGAAAUGUGUAAUAAAAAUUGCUAUUUAUGUAUGUA